CAACCCCUCGAUCAGCUCCCGAGCCACCCUCAUUCAUCACGCAAUUUGCGACCCCGUUCACACCGCUACCGCCAGGACAACAACCGACGGGCGCCAAAGAUAGCGCUCCUGCUCCAGUGAGCCAGCACCAACACGAGCGCCAUGACCAGUGUACCGAAACCGGGUCCGGCAAAGCUCCGGCCAGGCGCCGGGCUGGACGAGUGGCUCGAGGAGGCCAAACAAUGCCACUACCUGCCCGAGCACGUCAUGAAGCAGCUCUGCGAGAUGGUCAAGGAGGUUUUGAUGGAGGAGUCCAACAUCCAACCCGUCGUCACGCCCGUCACAAUAUGCGGCGACAUCCACGGCCAGUUCUACGACCUGCUCGAGCUGUUCCGCGUGGCCGGCGGCAUGCCCGGCGAGUCGAACGUCCAGGCGCCCAUGACCAGCACGACAGUCAUCACGUCCGACGACAUUGAGCCGCCGACAGAGAUCACGAACCCGAAGCUGAAGGGCAAGGUGAAGAGUGCGGGGACACCUGCAGAUGGCAACGGAGACGAUACCGCCGCUGCCGAGGCCCAGGAGGAAACCACGCACUCCGCCCCCCCGGCUGACUCUGGCGUGCAGUCGGUCCAGACGCGUUUUGUCUUUCUUGGAGAUUUCGUCGACCGGGGGUAUUUCAGCUUGGAAACCUUCACCCUCCUCAUGUGUCUAAAGGCAAAAUACCCCGACAGAAUAGUCCUCGUCCGCGGCAACCACGAGUCGCGCCAAAUCACGCAAGUGUACGGCUUCUACGAAGAGUGCCAGCAAAAAUACGGCAACGCGUCGGUGUGGAAGGCCUGCUGCCAAGUCUUUGACUUCCUCGUGCUGGCCGCCAUCGUCGACGGGACUGUGCUCUGCGUGCACGGCGGCCUGAGCCCCGAGAUCCGCACGAUCGAUCAGAUCCGGGUGGUUGCGCGCGCUCAGGAGAUCCCCCACGAGGGCGCCUUCUGCGACCUGGUCUGGAGCGACCCGGAAGAUAUUGAGACGUGGGCCAUCAGCCCGCGCGGCGCCGGCUGGCUUUUUGGCCAUAAGGUGGCCAACGAGUUCAACCACGUCAACGGGCUCAAGACGAUCGCGCGCGCCCACCAGCUCGUGAACGAAGGGUACAAGUAUCACUUCCCGGAAAAGUCCGUCGUCACCGUCUGGUCGGCGCCCAAUUACUGCUACCGCUGCGGCAACGUCGCCUCCAUCAUGACCGUCACGUCGUCCGACUGCCUGGAGUCGAGCACAAAGUUCUCCAUCUUCUCGGCCGUGCCCGACGACCAGCGCCACAUCCCUGGCGGCCGCCGCGGCGCCGGCGACUACUUUCUCUGAGCGGGAAGAAAAAGAGCGAAAGAAGGGGAGACCCCGAAGGCGGCGGCGACUAACUUUGCGAUGAACAAUUUGCCAUACACAUGCACGAUGGGUGACGGCUGACCC